AUGGCUGGAAGCGAAUGGGCUAAAAUUGCGCAAAGACUCAUUCUGGAGGCCCUUGACUCGAUCACUAUUGAGAAGCUAAUGGCAUCUGUCCUACUUCACGACUAUGCAGUUCGCAUGGGAAACUUCGCCAAUGCAUUUAUGCUCAGUGGUCUUAUUACGAGGAUGACCCAAGCGUUACAGAUCAACCUAGAAUACAAUACAGACAUCCUCUGUCAGAAUAACGAUAUAGGUCCCUCUGUUACAGCAAGAGAGUCCCGGCGACGCUUAAUGUGGAGCUGCUAUAUUAUGGAUGCUCUUGUUGGAAGUGGAGUGGAUCAACUCACUUUGGUUGACGAGAAAGACAUGAAAAUCCAACUGCCAUGCAAUGAGCGAAAUUUCAUACAGCAGAUACCAUGUCUAACUGAGACACUGGAACCUGGAAAUUGGUUGAAAUUUAUUCCUGGCGAGCUUGAUAGUGAGACACUCAUGCCGAAUAUGGGAAUGAUGGCAUAUUUCAUCCGACACAUCCCUAUUCGCAAAAGAGUGCUCCGAUACAUCAAACAUCUUGACGAAGCAAUGGUUCCUUGGGCUGAAGAGUCCGAGUUUGCCAUUCUAGACAGGGACUGUCGCGCCUGGUAUGAGUCCUUACCAGCAAGCUUACAAUUCACCCCAAACGCGAUUUACAUUCGGAAGGAUUCAUCACAGCUUGGUGCCCUUUGUGUACUACACUGUGCACAUUAUCAAACUAUAUGUGAUCUGUACCGACUAGGAGCGCCAGCUCUGUAUAAACUACGCGCGGCGUUUGACUUUCCACCAGAACAACGAGGCUUUCUGAGGCACUUGCAGGAAGUCUUGUUCGAUGCUGCGAGGGCUCUAGCAACUAUCAUUGGUGAGAUAGCUCAUCAUGGGGCCCGAAUGUUAGCAGAUUCAUGGCUCCCAACAAUCACGUAUGAUAGCUGCCGCAUCAUGGUAUACCAUCUCACUCAAAUACUCGAUCCUCGAGCGGAGGAAACAAAGAUCCUCACGACGCAAACUCUGCCGCUUCUGAAGAGUAAUAUCGAUGCUCUGAAAUUAAUGGGAUCGCUUAGUGUGAUUGCCAAUUCUUUGUGCACCGCAGCAGAAACAAUGUUUGAUCGAUCUGGGAUUGGCUCCGAGGUCGUGGCUCAGAACAGUAUUCCUGAUGACCCAUACUCAACAGGCGAUGAAGAUGCGAGUGAGAGCCUCCCGGGAACACCAAUUCAAAGCGCUCCAGACUAUGUCCUGAACCCUCUAUCAAUCUACCGAAUGGCCCGCAAGUCAAUCCCAGAAAGACACGCUCCUGAAAAAGCAGCAACAUCUUCAGCACCUAAUAGUGCCAUACCUGAAUCAAAUCCAGAUCUCGACUGUCCAGCAAGUGGACCUCUCACCCAGGGUCCAGUGGGCGGAGGCUCGGGAGAGCUGGAAUUCGGACAAGCUAGCCUUGAAGAACUUCAGUCGCUUUUCAUGUCAGAUCUUGGAUGGACGUGGCAGCCAGCGGAUACUGCCGUUGGCUCUGGUAUUGAAGGGGCAGGGCUUCUGCCAUGGGCUGGAGGGUAUUCUGCUACGCAAGCAGAGCCCUGGCUGCCUAUUUUUCCAUUUCCCCAGCAAAAUUAG